CUGAGGAGCUCGGAGGAAAUGCGGCCGGGGAGGGGAGCGAGGGGCUCUGAGAAGAGUCGCGGUGCAGCAUCUCGGGAGGUAUGAGGGUUCAACCCUCUGGAGCAUGGACACUAAGCCGUUCAGUCCUGGGCUGUGCUAGCAGGCCCCCUCAGAGCAACAGCAAUGGCUGCGACAGCAGCUUCUCACCUGAACCUGGACGCCCUGCGGGAAGUGCUGGAAUGCCCCAUCUGCAUGGAGUCCUUCACGGAGGAGCAGCUGCGGCCCAAGCUCCUGCACUGCGGCCAUACCAUCUGCCGCCAGUGCCUGGAGAAGCUGCUGGCCAGCAGCAUCAAUGGCGUCCGCUGUCCCUUUUGCAGCAAGAUUACCCGCAUAACCAGCCUGACCCAGCUGACAGACAACCUGACAGUGCUGAAGAUCAUUGACACGGCUGGGCUCAGUGAGGCCGUGGGGCUGCUCAUGUGCCGCUCGUGCGGGCGGCGGCUGCCCCGGCAGUUCUGCCGAAGCUGCAGCGUGGUGUUAUGUGAGCCCUGCCGGGAGGCGGACCACCAGCCUCCUGGCCACUGCACACUCCCUGUCAAAGAAGCAGCUGAGGAGCGGCGUCGGGACUUUGGAGAGAAGUUGGCCCGUCUGCGGGAGCUUAUGGGGGAGCUGCAGCGCCGGAAGGUAGCCUUGGAAGGAGUCUCCAAGGACCUUCAGGCAAGGUAUAGAGCAGUCCUCCAGGAGUAUGGGCACGAGGAGCGCAGGGUCCAGGAGGAGCUGGCUCGCUCUCGGAAGUUCUUCACCGGCUCUCUGGCUGAGGUUGAAAAGUCUAAUAGUCAAGUGGUAGAGGAGCAGAGUUACCUGCUGAACAUUGCCGAGGUGCAGGCUGUGUCUCGCUGUGACUACUUCUUGGCCAAGAUCAAGCAGGCAGACGUAGCACUACUGGAAGAGACAGCCGAUGAGGAGGAGCCAGAGCUCACUGCCAGCCUGCCCCGGGAGCUCACCCUGCAGGACGUGGAGCUCCUUAAGGUCGGCCAUGUCGGCCCCCUCCAGAUCGGGCAGGCCGCUAAGAAGCCCCGGACGGUCAACAUGGAAGACUCCUGGGCCAUGGAGGCUGCAGCCUCUGCUGCCUCGUCCUCUGUUACGUUUAGAGAGAUGGACAUGAGCCCUGACGAAGUGGUUGCUAGCCCUAGGGCCUCGCCUGCUAAGCAGCGGGGUUCUGACACAGCCGCCAACAUCCAGCAGUGCCUCUUCCUCAAGAAGAUGGGGGCCAAAGGCAGCACUCCAGGCAUGUUCAACCUUCCGGUCAGUCUCUACGUGACCAGUCAAGGCGAAGUGCUGGUUGCUGACCGUGGCAACUACCGUAUACAAGUCUUUACCCGCAAAGGCUUUUUGAAGGAGAUCCGCCGCAGCCCCAGUGGCAUUGAUAGCUUUGUGCUGAGCUUCCUUGGGGCUGACUUGCCCAAUCUCACUCCUCUCUCAGUUGCCAUGAACUGCCAUGGGCUGAUUGGUGUGACUGACAGCUAUGACAACUCCCUCAAGGUAUACACCUUGGAUGGCCACUGCGUGGCCUGUCACAGGAGCCAGCUGAGCAAACCCUGGGGCAUCACAGCCCUUCCAUCUGGCCAAUUUGUGGUAACUGAUGUGGAAGGUGGAAAGCUCUGGUGCUUCACCGUUGACCGAGGGGCAGGGGUGGUCAAAUACAGCUGCCUCUGCAGUGCUGUGCGGCCCAAGUUUGUCACCUGUGACGCUGAAGGCACAGUCUACUUCACCCAGGGCUUGGGCCUCAAUCUGGAGAAUCGGCAGAACGAGCACCACCUGGAGGGCGGCUUCUCCAUUGGCUCUGUGGGCCCUGAUGGGCAGCUGGGUCGCCAGAUUAGCCACUUCUUCUCGGAGAACGAGGAUUUCCGCUGCAUUGCUGGCAUGUGUGUGGAUGCCCGUGGUGAUCUCAUCGUGGCUGACAGCAGUCGCAAGGAAAUUCUCCACUUUCCUAAGGGUGGGGGCUAUAGUGUCCUUAUUCGAGAGGGGCUCACCUGUCCCGUGGGCAUCGCCCUCACACCUAAGGGUCAGCUGCUGGUCUUGGACUGUUGGGAUCAUUGCAUCAAGAUUUACAGCUACCAUCUGAGAAGAUAUUCUACCCCUUAGGGGCUGGGAAAUGGCAGUUUCUUCUGCUCCCCAACCAACCUCCCUUCCCUGUUCCUUGGUUGUUGGUGGUACUAUAGUGUAGACUUGGCCCGUGUCCUGAUUCCAGCUGGCUAGUCCUAGAAGUUUAGAAGCUCUGUCUUCUAGUGUGUUUCAUUUGCAUUAUUUCCUCGCCUAGGUUUAGAGCUUUAACAGAUGCAUUACCCCAGAUAGGACACAUGAUAUGAGGUUAGCUGAUGUUUAAUUAGAACUUAGGCACUUCUAAGGCUUCAGUAGAGAGCCUCUUUCCCCCGUAUUUGAAAUUUCCCCAUGUACUGAAUCCUCGUUGAUUUUCCUCUCUUUUGGCUUUGAUAACUCUGGUCCAUUAUUUCCUUCCUAUUAUAACAUGCUCCGUCUGUGACACUUUCUCUUCAACUCGGCUGCAUUUAGUGUGCAUGCAUUUAGUGGGAUCUACUCUACCUUUCAGUGACACUUCGGACAUCAUAUUCCUGUGGCAUGAUGUCUCAGGUCUGACCACCUUUACCAGUGUGAAAGACCAUUCAUUUAGUGCCACCAUGGGAGCUAUAUAGUCCCUUUGGGAAGCAGUACCUCUUGGCUCUGGGGGUUUUGUGCCAUUUUGGAUUGGUCUGUAAUUGCAGGUGUGACAGAGAAUGGAUUGACCCUCGUUGGUGUCAAAGGCUUUAGCCUGGAAAUCGCUUGCCUCUUAAAGGAGCAUGUGGAUUGGAAUUAUGCCAAAGCAUAGGACGUUGGAAAUAAACAAAAAUAAAUGCUAAUAUAGUCAGCAAACAUUCUUGAAUAGUCUCUAGAGCACAUCAAUUUUCAUAUUACCUCUCUCCACUGCCCUGUGCUAAGAGUUGUCUGUGGAAUUGUACUACACGGGCCAGGGCCUACAAAGUGGGGAGGUGGACACAUCUCAUUUUCAUUGCUAAAGCAAAAUUGUUUGGUCCUUAUUCUGUAUUUUCCUCAAGUCAGUGCAUAAUAUUUGGUUUGGGGAUUUAUUUCCAUUCCUCUAUCAAGCAUUAACUAAUUGAUAAUUGUUUCUUCAUCUCUGGUGUUCAUGUCUUUUAAUUAAAUAUGGAAUUUGGGAGGGGAGGGGAGGGGAGGGAUAAGUUGUACCUUGCCGCUUUGCUUCCAUGUCUGACACUGCAUUCUUUGAGAGUAGUACGAAUCUACCUAGGUCAAAAUUCAGCAAAAAGCACUAUUAUGUAAAGAUAAUCCAAAACUUACUUGCACAUACACGUGUACAGAAUCAGCCCCCAAGGUCUACAGUCACCAACACCCUGUUCUAAACUCAGCCUCCACCAUCUGCUUUAUCCUUAUAAUUACAGUUCAACAAAGGAAGAAACUUGUGCUUUUAGGAAGCCGAGAAGUGGGUGCAGGACUUUGUGACAGGGUUCCUCAGGCUUUGGUGUUUACCAAGCAACAUAUCUUGUACUCUGGGUGCAGGGCUGAUGGCAAGCCAAAAAACUGUUACCUUGCUUUCACAGACGCCAAAAUCUGCUAAGCCAAGCUACUCAAAAUUGUGUUUUUGGUGGUGGUGCUGCUUUUUUGGCCUCUCUUGGGAUAGCUGCCAAAGGAUAGGAAAGGAGCUAAUUAAGAUGAUGUUGAACUGGUCUGUCUUGUGCUUUUCACCUGGAGAAAGCCCCAUGUUCUGAUUAUGAAAUUGCAUCUGAUUUCUAAAGAUUGUAUAAUUGAGAGGAAAUUGAUCCAAUUAAAAGUGCAUCACAAAUGAC